AUGCUUAUUUGACGAAGAUAUCCGAUAUUUGGAUGAUUAUUAUAUUUUUCAGAUAUAGAUGACUUCUCAAAGGAGGAAGAUUACUUCAAGCCAAAGUCAAUUCAUAGAGAGCAGUUCGUGCAAACUUUUUACCAUAUGUUUCUACUGAAAACGUUUUUAGCUUACUUAGAGCAAAAUUGAUGCAAAAAUAGAUCAAGCUGAUGGAGUAAAAAUACAAGCCUUAGCAUAGAUUGACAGAUUUAUCAGGAGAGAAGAAACUUUUUAGAAAUAGACAAGAAAUAUCUACAUAUCAAAACAAAUUUAAUAUGAAAAGUAAAAGCUUAA